GGGGACUCUGACGGUUCUCACUCCUGUCGCGUUUGUACUACUACGGAGCAGAGCCUGAGACAGAGUCGUUUCUCGAGAGCGGAACAGGAGCAUAUCAUAACGAAUGGAUGAGACGGAAGAGCAAAUCUCGAUGGAGCUCGAGACUCUAGAGACGAUUUUCAUCCAUGAAUUGGAGAUCUUCGAAAGAAAUGAGAAAUAUGUGAAGACGAUCAAAGUCAACCUCAAGCCAGCCACGGGCGAAGAUACCGAUGCCCAGUGGGUGUGCAUGGAACUCUGGUUCUACAUCCCAGUUGGAUAUCCAGACGUCAUUCCUGUCAUCGCCAUUAAAAAUCCCCGCGGAUUGAGCGAAAACAGAAUCCAGGACAUAAAGAAGGAUCUCAUCCAGCGAGCCAAGGACAGAGAGGGGAUGAUGGUACUCUAUGAGCUAAUCCAGGCCGCAGUCGACCAUCUCACAGCAGGGAACAGCCCCGAUUGCCAAUGCUCCAUAUGUUUGUAUGAUUUCACCGAAACAGACGUGUUCGUGAAGACUGGCUGUUUUCACUAUUUUCACGGACAUUGUCUCAGUCGUUACAUAAAAUACCAAUUAGAGGAAAUGCACGAGAAGAAAGAGGAAGCAAAGAAAAACAACAGUCCUCUAAAAGAACCUCUCAUUCUCAUGUGUCCGAUGUGCCGCGUAGAAAUUCCAGAGGACCUCGUGGCGGAGGAUAGCGAAUCUCUACCGCCUCCCUCUCGUCAGCUCGACGACCCGGAGUUCAGGAUGAAUCCCCAGCUCGAGACGCUUCAGCGACAAAUGACGAAUUUGUAUUUGCGGCAGAAGGAGCGAGGAGGCAUCAUAGACAUAGAGGGCGAGAGGAACAAAUUCUUCAUCCAGAUCUCAGACCACCAGGCUCGAGACGAGUCGAGUACUCAGGGCACGCAGACGUCGGCAUCGAAUCUCCACUCAGCGAAAGCAUGUUCGACGCAGCCACCGCCCCAGCAACAGACUCAUUCGAAAGGCUGUGCCAGGAGGGUCGAGACCGACUCGUCAGAUUCCGAAUCUGACGGUGGACGAAUCACGGCUAGUCGCGCUAGAAAUCGACGCGGGAAAAACAAAAUGUACCCGACGCCAAGUGAGAAAAAACGAGCUCAUCUGCAAGCUCUUCAACUCAUGAAACUCGAGCAGGGCAAGACUCAACCUGAGACCGAGAAGCCGACCGAGAAUGGGUGCAAAUCUCGGACCAAGAACUCGGGACGGAAACCGAGCUGACUGCAGCUGCCGUGGACGCGAGCUGAUCAAUUUCAUUUCCGCGACGUCCAAUUUAUCGCCUUUUCUUGUUAGCUAGGUCUGAGGGGACCUAAUGCGUCUCACGGUAGAAUCAGAAUCGGGACGUGGUCUGACCGACACGAUCGAGAACCGAAAUCCGAUCUGGCGAACUCAGAUUCGAGGAUCAAUCGAGAGCAGGAGGACGCAUAACCGGAACCUCCCUAGUAGCCCCGAGUUGGACCACGGGGACUUUGUAAUGACGAGCGUCCAUCCUGUGAACGAUCUUUUAGUUCAUUGUUCUUUGUUUUGUACAAUAUCGUGAACGAAUAAAUUAUUGAG